AGGAGAAAGAAGAGUUGGAGGAGGGUAAGAUGGAGUUGAAUAAACAGAUGGAGGCAUUUCUUUUAGAGAAGAUGCAGUUUUGGAAGGAGGAAUUAGAGAAAGAGAAGGAAGAGUUUGAGAAGGAGGAUGAGGAAUUGGAAUGUAGGGAUCAGGGGAACAGAGAUAUGGAUGUUCAACACUUGGAUGCCUUAGACGUUGAUAUAUGUGACAAAUUAGUGCCUUCCAUUGCAAUAUAUAAGACGAGAACUAAGAGGGUGGUGAAGCCAUCUGUAUACAAGCAUUCUCCAUUCACUUCCAUCUCUGUCAUGCAAACAACUCCAAGCAACGCCGCCGACACUGAGAAACUGAAAGAAUUGUGUACUUCUCCGAUACCCUUCCAAGCCAAGAUUGAUCCAUUUAGGGUAAUAUCGGAGGAGAAACUGCAUGAAUUGGAUAGUUGGGCAAACGCAAACAAAGAAACGACAGAAUUUGUUUGGUUCACGACCAUAUGGGAGAAAAAUGCAUGGGUUGAUAGCGUGGUAAGUAAUUCACACACAUACAUCUAUGGUUAUUCAACAAUUAUAUUAGACUAGAGCUUAAUUCGUCAUAUUUAUUGAUUAGGCUAUUGACAAGUACGUUGAUUUCCUGGAAAGAAGGCACACUUCAUUUCCUACUAUAUAUACAAAGGACUGCAAGUUCUACCCCACAUUUUUUCUGCCAUGUAUCGACAUUUCCAUGUCAGCAUUGAGAAUGUAUCGGGACAUUGGAGGUGAUAAUAUGCGUUCACUUGUAGAAGUGGAGAAACUCACAGUAUACGGUAUUGUUAAACAUCGUGAAGGGCAGAAGGCCAUGUGGCAGUAUGAA